AUGUACAGAAGGUUAGUUACUAUAUGGACUAUAAUUGCAAUGUUAUAUUUUAUCACAAUAAAUGGUGCUAGUAUUGGUGCAAGUGAUAUUGAAACAGGACAAGUCCAAUUAACUCAAGAUCAAUGUAAUGGAUUAGUUGAGUGUGAUAAAAAUGUUCUUGAAGUAGAACGAACAGAUAAACAUCAAUAUACUGCUGUGAAAUUGGUAUCAUAUGAUUUGAUUAUUAAACCACCAACUGAUUGUUGGACAAGUUACAAUAAAUUUAUGACUGCAAAUAUACAAAAAUUCAAAGAUUGGGCAAAUAGAAAUUGUCGUAAUUAUAUUGGUUGUUGGUGUUGUCCACAAGGAGGUUUAUGUGUUACAUUUAUUGUUAAAUUUGAUUUUUGGCAUUGUUUUAUAAUUCAACCACCUAUACUUGUAAAAACAUUACCUGUAUUUGAACCGGAAUCAGAAAUUGCUGCUCAAUAA